UCAGGUCCGCGAUGACAGUCUUGCCACGCUCCGGUCGCCCUUAGGCAUGCGCGAGAGACGUCCGGACCAACUAAGAACCCAAACUGAAGCCCUUGGAUCUCUCACCGGUUUGCGCUCUCGCGCAGGCUCGGGCUGCUCGAGGACCGGCCUCCUUCGUCCGGUUUUUCCCUACUUAGAAAGUUUAAGCUUACUGUUGGCAGGUCCCCGGGCAACCAGUGUGUGAGAUGGGACGGACGUCGAAGGACAAGCGGGAUGUCUACUACCGCCUAGCCAAGGAGAAUGGCUGGCGUGCCCGCAGUGCCUUCAAACUGCUACAACUUGACGAGGAAUUCCAGCUCUUCCAAGGCGUGACGCGGGCAGUUGACCUGUGCGCGGCCCCGGGCAGCUGGAGCCAGGUGCUGAGCCAGAAGAUUGGGCUGACGAGGGACUGUGUUAUCCACAGGGGCCAGGGGUCCGGCCACGUGGUGGCUGUGGACCUUCAGGCUAUGGCUCCACUGCCAGGUGUGUUACAGAUCCAAGGGGAUAUCACCCAGCUGUCCACUGCCAAGGAGAUCAUCCAGCACUUUGAGGGCUGCCCCGCGGACCUCGUAGUGUGCGACGGGGCUCCCGAUGUAACCGGCCUCCACGAUGUUGAUGAGUAUAUGCAGGCCCAGCUCCUCCUAGCCGCUCUGAACAUCGCCACACACGUCUUGAAGCCAGGGGGCUGCUUUGUGGCCAAGAUCUUCCGAGGCCGGGAUGUGACGCUGAUCUACAGCCAGCUGCGUGUCUUCUUCUCCAGCGUGCUCUGUGCCAAGCCCAGAAGCAGCCGGAACUCCAGCAUCGAGGCCUUCGCUGUCUGUAAGGGUUAUGACCCCCCUGCUGGUUUCCUGCCGGACCUGACCAAACCCCUGCUGGACCACUCUUACGAUCCAGAUUUCAACCAAUUGGAUGGGCCCACCCGCACCAUUGUGCCAUUUGUGACCUGUGGGGACCUGAGCGCCUAUGAUUCGGACCGCAGCUACCCACUGGACCUAGAGGACGGCUCAGAGUACAAGUACACCCCACCCACGCAGCCCCCCAUCUCACCACCGUACCAGGAGGCCUGCACAUUGAAGAAGAAGGGGCAGCUAGCCAAGGAGACCCGCCCGCAGGACUGCUCCGUCAGCACAGCGGCCGUGUUGCCCCAGUCCCUGGCUGCCCCACAGUGCCACACCCUGCUGGCCUCUGAGGUGGAAGACAGUGAAAUGAAUUGUUCGCCUUGACACGUUAAGCUGGCAAUCUGAUAAGGACUUGGAAGCUCUUCGCUGUCAGGAAAACCAAGAACUUGAGUUGAUGAACUUGUUUUCAAAUAGCUCAUCAACAGGUCCUGAACACACAAGCGCCAAGCAGGAACCUGCAACAACCAGCAGAAACACAGCAAGGAAAGAAACAUCUCGGACUGUCCAUCUGCGCCGCCGAGGGGGGUCUUGCCUCUUCUCUAAAUCUUUCCAGCGGUGUCCUCCUGAUUCACAGGAGGUAAAGUUCACACUUUACCCUGAAAGCAGGGAUUCUUAACCUGGAUAGAAGUCAGGGCUAUCUGUGAACUUGUUGCAGGGAAGUAACUACCUUUUUAUUGAUUGAACAGAAAUUUUAGCUCUAUUCCUGAACCUCAAUGCUGGCAGCGCAUCACAACAGUGAAAGCAGUGCCUGCAACUUUCCCACCAAUAUAGGUCAUGGUUACUUUUUUUUUUUUCUUUUUAACGUUAUGUUACAGUCAUUGUGGGUGUCUUAUAAAACAUUGUUCACGUUGGUCACUACUUUGAGAUAAGAUCUUAUAAUUUGAUAUACUCCUUUUAAAAAGUUCAUAUAUUACAGCA